UUUGUUGCUAGGCUUUUCAUCACUUUACAAUGCAUUUGAAAUUAACUUAAUAAAUAGUUCCUAAUUAAUAAAUAAAUAUAAACUUAUUGAAAAAGUGCUUAAUAUGGAUCCAUAUGAGAUUGAAUUCAUCGGAGAAAACAGAAUCGUCAGUAUAAUUCCAAAUUUUUCUUACGAUAAAAUUUACUUGAUUUGUGGCGAAUUUGGACCGUUCCGCGCUGGAUUGCCCCUGAAUGUGCCUUUGUGGUUAGCUGUUAUGUUAAAACAGAAACAAAAAUGUCGAAUAGUGCCCCCGGAGUGGAUGGAAGUAGAUGCUUUGGAGAAUAUCAAAGAAGAAGAGAAGAGAUCUAGAUUUUUCACAAAGAUGCCAAAUGAACACUAUAUGGUUGAGGCCAAACUGAUAUUAGGAUGUGCGGCCGAAGAUAUUCCCAAUGCGGCAACGAUUAAAACAAUUAUAAAAGAUAUUUGGGAUAUCCGUAUGUCCAAACUUAGAACUUCCAUGGAUGCUUUGAUGAAGUCCGGAGGCAGUUACGGUAGGCUGGACCACCUUACGAUGAUGGAAAUCAAUUCUGUAAAGCCUCUCCUACCAUCAGCAAUGGAUGACUUGCUUAGGAUACAAAUGAUUUCCCGGAAGACAGCUCCAACAAAUUUAAACAACUCCACUUUCAGUCAGUCAGGUAGUUCACAAAAUAUCUGAUAGAAGCUAGUAAUAAUAUCUGAAUCAUAAUAUGCAGAAAAUAACCAAAAGUAGUUAAGUAAUAUUUUUGUAAAUAAUUUUUAAAUGUACCAUGCUGUGUGCUUCCUUAAGUGCCUUAUAGCCUUAAGAAUAACAACUAUAUCUUUCCAAUUGCUUUCGUAAAAAGCGACUAAGGCAUAGGCUUAUACACCUGGGUUUCAAUUUUUGGCGAUAGGCUAGCAACCAGUUGAUAUUAGAAUCUCAAUUCCAUCAUAAAGGUAUACAGCUGAACAUUUCAGUCUUUUCAAGACUGUCAGCUCUGUCUACCACGCAAGGGAUAUAUAGACGUGUCUGUAUGUAUUUAAUAUGUAAGCUACAUUAUACCAAACAAACAAAUGGUGGCAUAAAUAUUUUUCGGGCUUGAAUAAUUUCUAUAUUAAAAUAAUUGACAUCCAUUAUGUAGUGAUCCUUAUUUGUUUGGGCUUACUUAGUUCAUAAUUUGUAUUAAACAGCUGCAUGUAGGUAUGGUUCAUUUAUUAAUAUGACAAAAUUAAAUGCCAACUCUCUGGGAAAUUAUUCAAUAUCAGUUUUUUUAUUGUCAAUUAUUAUUGUCUAUUAGAGAUGCAUUUUCUAUAGGUUUUUUUUUACUAUGUAGAGGGACCUAUAUUUUUUUUAAUUGAAAAAUCGAUACAAAAUAGAGAGCAUUUAUAAUCUGUCGUCUUUUUUUCUUAAUAAAUAUUGUGCCUUU